AUGGCCACCGCGGACCGGACCCGGACUUUCAUGAAGGACGUCAAACGCGUCAUCAUCAAGGUGGGCACUGCAGUUGUCACGAGGCAUGAUGGGCGACUUGCUUUGGGUAGACUUGGGGCUCUUUGUGAGCAGGUGAAGGAGCUGAACGCCCUAGGAUACGAGGUGAUCAUUGUGACCUCAGGUGCUGUUGGUGUGGGGAAGCAGAGGCUCAAGUACAGGAAGCUUGUCAAUAGCAGCUUUGCUGAUCUGCAAAAGCCACAGAUGGAGCUGGAUGGAAAGGCUUGCGCUGCCGUUGGACAGAGUGGCCUCAUGGCUCUUUACGAUAUGCUAUUUACUCAACUUGAUGUAUCCUCUUCCCAACUUCUUGUGACAGAUAGUGAUUUUGAGAACCCAAACUUCCGGGAGAGGCUCCACGAAACUGUUGAGUCACUAUUAGAUCUUAAAGUUGUACCAAUAUUUAAUGAAAAUGAUGCCAUCAGCACUAGAAAGGCUCCAUAUGAGGAUUCAUCUGGUAUAUUUUGGGAUAAUGACAGUUUAGCUGGCCUUUUGGCUAUAGAAGUUAAAGCAGAUCUCCUUGUUCUACUCAGUGACGUGGAUGGCCUCUACAGUGGUCCACCAAGUGAUCCUCAAUCAAAGAUAAUACAUACCUACAUCAAAGCGAAACAUCACAAUGAGAUUACUUUUGGCGAUAAGUCACGUGUAGGUAGAGGAGGAAUGACAGCCAAAGUGAAGGCUGCUUUCGUGGCUUCAAACAGUGGCACACCUGUUGUUAUUACAAGAGCAUUGUUAGAGUUCUCCAAGGAGAGAAAAUUGGUACUCUCUUUCAUAAGGGGCGCAAGUCUGUGGGAACCAUCCAAAGAUGUUAGUGCUCGCGAGAUGGCUGUCUCUGCAAGAGAAUGUUCAAGGCGUCUCCAGAUGCUUUGGAAGAAAAACGAGGAUGUGAUUAGAACCGAGAAUGAAGCUGAUGUAGCUGCAGCACAACAUGCUGGAUAUGAGAAAUCUUUUUUGGUUUCUAGGUUGACUUUGAAGCCAGGAAAGAUAGCAAGCCUUGCAAAAUCCAUCCGCACUCUUGCACAUAUGGAAGACCCAAUCAACCAGAUACUCAAAAGAACAGAGGUUAUAACUGGUGCAAUUCCUAGCAAUGUGGGUGACAAACUUAUUGGACUUGUUACAAGUAGAGAUGAAAUCGCUGAUUUGCUAAAGCUUGAUGAUGUCAUUGAUCUUGUCAUUCCAAGAGGCAGCAAUAAGCUGGUUUCACAAAUCAAGGCAUCAACUAAGAUCCCUGUCCUUGGUCAUGCUGAUGGUAUUUGCCAUGUAUACAUCGACAAAUCAGCUGACAUGAAUAUGGCAAAACGAAUAGUGAUGGAUGCUAAAAUUGAUUACCCAGCAGCCUGCAAUGCUAUGGAGACAUUGCUUGUUCAUAAAGAUCUUAUAAAGGCUCCAGGUCUUGAUGACCUACUGCUAUCUCUCAAAACAGAAGGAGUUACUCUUUAUGGAGGGCCUGUUGCACAUGAACUAUUGUGCAUUCCAAAAGCUGAUUCAUUCCAUCAUGAAUAUAGCUCUAUGGCCUGCACAAUUGAGUUCGUUGAUGGUGUACAGUCAGCAAUUGACCAUAUACAUCGCUAUGGAAGUGGACAUACAGAUUGCAUUGUUACUACAGAUGAUAAAGUAGCAGAAACUUUUCUGCGCCAAGUUGAUAGUGCUGCUGUAUUUUAUAAUGCGAGCACACGAUUCUCUGAUGGGGCUCGUUUUGGAUUGGGUGCUGAGGUUGGCAUAAGCACAGGGCGCACACAUGCUCGUGGGCCCGUGGGUGUUGAAGGUCUCUUAACAACACGCUGGAUCAUGCGAGGGAGUGGGCAAGUGGUGAACGGUGACAAGGAUAUUGCAUACACCCAUAAGAACCUUCCUUUGCAAUGA